UAUAUUCCAUAUUGCGUAGAAACAACGUGUGCUUUUUUAAAAUAGAGAAAUUACAACUAUAAGAAUAUGUGAAGUUUUCACUUCCUUUAACUUUUUGUGGAACUAACAAGAAUCACUUCUGUCACCUUUGGAUGAUUUUAUAGAGAGCAUUUGCAGUUUUCCAUUGAGUGAAUCAAGAUGAGCAAUGGUAGAAACAAUCAAGAGUCUACUGAGAGAGGUCUGUUUUCACAUAUAACAGGCUAUCCUCCACCACAGGGUUCCUAUUCCUCCUAUCCACCACCUCAAGGAGGCUAUUAUCCACCACAAGCAGCAUAUCCACCGCAAGGAAGUUACUAUCCUCCACAAUAUCCACCACAUGCAGCAGGAGGGUAUCCACCUUCUGGUUACCCUCAUUCAGGUUAUCAUCAACCGUCUUAUCCCGCUCCACACGCCUAUCCGUCCGCGUAUCCUUCAGGACGUGGAGCCGGUAUAGGAUUGUUCGCAGGUUUGGCGACCGCAUAUGGUGCUCACCAUAUGUCAUAUGGACAUGGAGGUUAUCAUCAUGGUUAUGGACAUGGGAAGUACAAGCAUGGAAAAUUUGGCAAGCAUGGUAGGUAUGGUUUUGGCAAGUUUAAGCAUGGAAAAUUUGGCAAGCGAUGGAAGUGAGUGAUGCAGAGGACAAUAUAUAUAUAUAUAUAUAUAUAUAUAUAUAUAUAUAUAUAUAUAUAUAGUUUCAAUAUGCAACUUUGAGCAUGAUCAUGAAUGAAUGCUCAACUUUUAUAUGAAUAAUGUAUGCUAAUUGCUAUUAGUAACAUACUGAAUUUCAAUUUGAUGUUUGCAAUAAAUAAUUUGUGUUUCAUUUGGGAUUACAACCUUUUGUGCAAAUUUAUGUCAAUGUUGUAUGUAUUUGGAUUAUCUUAUUUGAGCUCUCAAAACAACUUAUAAACUUAUUUAAGACAUUGUUACUCAA